GUCUGGCAGCAGCUCGUUCUGAGGUAAGACUCGCUAGAGGGGGAGCAGAGAGUAGAGGGAAGAGGCCCUGCGUCCCGGCACCUGCAUCCAGCCUGCCUGCGUCCACUCUGAGGGACGUCGGCGUUGACAGAGGCCUCCCCGGGCUGAGCUGAGGGAGCCAGGUUUCCCUUCCAUUCACGGUGACAUCUUUCUCUUUCUGGAGGGAGAGCAGAGACCAUGUCUGACACGGAAGAAGUGGUAGAGGAGUUAGACGGGGAGCAGGAAGAAGAAGCUGCGGAAGAGCAGGAAGAGGCAGCCGAAGAAGAGGCAGAGGAAGGAGAAGCCGCAGGAGAGGCAGCAGGAGAGGCUGACGGUGAGGUCGAGGCCGAGGACACCAACGCAGAAGAAGACAGACCGGAAGCAGAAGCUAAGGAGGCUGACGAUGGCCCAGUGGAGGAGUCUAAACCCAAGCCCAGGCCAUUCAUGCCCAACCUGGUACCACCCAAGAUCCCCGGGGGAGAGAGAGUGGACUUCGAUGACAUCCACCGGAAGCGAAUGGAGAAGGACCUGAAUGAGCUGCAGACGCUGAUCGAGGCUCACUUUGAAAACAGGAAGAAGGAGGAGGAGGAGCUCAUUUCCCUCAAAGACAGGAUCGAGAAGCGGAGGGCCGAGCGGGCAGAGCAGCAGCGCAUCCGGAGUGAGAGGGAGAAGGAGCGUCAGACGCGCAUGGCGGAGGAGCGGGCCCGGCGGGAGGAGGAGGAGAACAGGAGGAAGGCUGAGGACGAGGCUCGCAAGAAGAAGGCUCUUUCCAACAUGAUGCACUUUGGAGGCUACAUCCAGAAGGCACAGACGGAGCGGAGAAGUGGGAAGAGGCAGACGGAGCGGGAAAAGAAGAAGAAGAUUCUGGCGGAGAGGAGGAAGGUGCUGGCCAUUGACCACCUCAAUGAGGAUCAGCUGAGGGAGAAGGCCAAGGAACUGUGGCAGAGCAUCUACAACCUGGAGGCAGAGAAGUUCGACCUGCAGGAGAAGUUCAAGCAGCAGAAAUACGAAAUCAAUGUUCUCCGAAACAGGAUCAAUGACAACCAGAAAGUUUCCAAGACCCGCGGGAAGGCCAAGGUCACCGGGCGCUGGAAGUAGAGGCAGCGGCCUCCUUCACCACAGACCUGCUCCUGGCUCUGUCCCUGGGCCCUCCUGGCACUGGGGGCAGCUCCUGCCUGUCUGGACACCAGGAGCUGGCCCAGCUGGAAGCCUCUGCU